AUGUCCUCCUCGACCGGCAAGCGCGCUGCCGCCCCUCCUUCUCCCGACGACGCUCGCCCGCUCAAAGCUCCCCGCCUCGACGACACCUCGCCCAUCGUCGAGCGCAGCAUCCAGUCGGUGCGCUGGCUCGCCAACGUCGGCGAGCUCAAGUCGGUCCUGCACGCCGUGUACGGCCACCCUCAGCCGAGCAGCAAGAUCGCCGUCUUCAGCCUCGAACACACGCUCAUCAAGCCCAAGCUCCUCGUCCAGCACUUUACGGGCACGACCGAGUGGAGGUGGUUCACCGAGGACGACCGCGUCAAGGACAAGUUGCGCGAGCUGCACGACGACGGGUACGCCCUCGUCAUCUUUGCGACCCUCACGUCGUCGGGCAAGGAGCACGUCGACGAGUUCAAGGGGCGCAUCGCCAACGUCCUGCGCGACCUCAACCUUCCGGUCCGCAUCUUCACGUCGACAGCCUUUGACCCGUACCGCAAGCCUGCGCCGGGCGCCUUCAUCGAGUUCGAGCGCCGCUGGAACCUCGGCAAGACGAUCGACAUGGACCAGUCGUUCUCGGUCGGCUCGGCAGCUGGAGCGUCAGGGAGCUUGUUUGACUGGGACUUGAAAUUCUCGGUCAACGUCGGCCUUUCCUUCCAGACGGCCGAGCAGUACUUCCUCGGCGAGCCCGGCGACACCAACUGGCGCUUCACGGGCUGGCUGGCGAGGAAACACGACCACGACGUCCCCAUGUUCAUGCCGACCAACAGGAGGCUCGUCAUGAAGAAGCAGAGGAGCGAGUGGGACGACCCCGUCUUCGAGGUCGUCUUCUUCAUCGGCCCGCCCAGCUGCGGCAAGACGCACAUGUGGACGACGAGGUUCGAGGGCAAGGACUACGUUCGUGUUACGUCCACCGACCCUGUCCAGCUCCAGCGCCUCCUCGAGCGCGACUCUCCCACCUCCAUCGUCGUCGACGCCCCUCUCCCGACCCGCGCCGCUCGCCGCGCCCUCAUCCGCCUCGUCGAGAAACACAGCCGGGCCGAGCACGGCGUGCGCGCGUUCGUGUGGAACGUCGACGAGGACCUCGCCAAGCACAACCACGUCUUCUGGUGGCUGCACGGCAAGGGUGGCGGCGAGGCGACGGGCGGCGUCGGCGAGAGGCCGGCGUGGCUCGGCGAAGAGGACUGGAGGAGCUGGUUCGCCAAGUACGAGUCGGUCAACUUUGAGGAGAAGUACGAGGAGGUCAAGCGCAUCGAGUUCAUCUUCGACAAAGCCUCGUUCGGCGAGGACCGCUUCAAGCAGUGGCGCGAGCAGUUCCUCAGCUGCUACCCUCGCGACCCGACGAGGCAGGCGUGGAAGUGA